AAGAUUCUGAUGAAAAUGACUCUAAGCCAAAACUCGACAUUGGCAUGAAUAUGCGCCGUGUUAGUAAAUUUUACGAUGGUCCAAAAGUUAGGCCACAAUAUCUCAACAUUCUGACAGACUUUGUUGAUGCGGAGAUUUUCCUGAUUGAUGGCGACUCUUUGCUGUUGGAGCUUCUUUGCCAAAGUAGCCUGGACUGGCAACAUGGCGGACAGUUUCUGCAUCUCACCUAUCUACUUGAACGAUUCCUCCAGUAUUUUAAAGAUAAAGGUGGUGUUUUCCACGUUGUCUUUUUCAAAGAAGUGGAGAUCAUCUGGAAAAGUCGACCAUCCAUGCUGUUGGCACGACAAGUUCUAAUUCUUCAUCUUCAGCACAACACGCCUUUCAUAACUGAGACUUCAAUAGCAAGUGUUUGGGACAAGCAUUGGAAAGAGUUCAUCGAUCGUAAUAUUCCCGCAUUUCUGGUGUUAACUGACGCGGAAAAUGUUCCAUGGAAAAAGACUGGAGAGACCAAAAUGCUUGAUGAGACAGUGGAAUUUUUCUUCCGAUGUCUUCUGUUACACUGUCUUGGACAAGGAUUGAAUUGUGUCUUUAUCUCAGGCGUCCAGAUGACCGCGACAAAAGUGAUGGGAUAUUACAACGAGUCCACGUCAGAACAUAGAUUAUUCUUCAGAAAGUAUGGUAAAGCAGUCCGUGAUACGUGGGAUUGGUUGAUGGGGUAUUGGCGCCGUCAAUGUACUCAGGAAAACAUCGCCGGAUGUGUAGUAACAGAAAAUCAGAUUGAUAUCCAGUCGGAAGUUCAAGUUGCUCUUCAAUCUCCACCACAAGGUGGAUGUCGGGAAGUUGCCACAAUCCUUGCUUGUGUGCAGGUCCUCUUACUUCUACUGCACAACGACAACAUUAGUAAGGAUACGAUGAAGGCUGCCGAGGAUAAGGUCAAACUUUUCCUUCUUCAGUCUGCACUUCUUAAGAAACUUCCGUUGAAGUACAGAGCUCAUACCGUAAACAGUUCUUUGUUGGACGAAUUUUGCAAAGCGAAAGAUGGCAAAGUUUAUCCCUUUCACGAAAUCCAUACGAGUUUAUGGCAGAUUUUAAGGGUGAUAGAAUCAGUUUUGAGAGAUGCUUAUAAAGACGACAGUGCCGCGAAUGUAUUAGAAAUGACUUCAGUGGCAGAUCUAAUGGACGGACGCCUAGUCCAUACUCUCUUCUGGCUUAUUAUGAAACAGAUAUCCCAGGGAUCAAAAGACCUCAGUCUACCUCAGGAUGUUAAACGAGAUGUUGAGUCUGCAUGGGAGAAAGUUGUCGCUCUUGUGAAUGGAUCAUGUCAUUCACAUUCUCUAGAAAGUCAAUUUUUUCCAUUGUUUGACGGAAGUUCUACAAGUCUUCAUCACGAGGAAAGAACAAAUCCUGAUCAAGUCUCCGGCGCGAAGCUCAAAAGGCUACUUGACGUUGGAAGUGUUCUUGUGAAUGAGUAUGUUGGUGAUAUUAGAUCAAGAAUUAACGCCAUGGCUGGAGACGAGACCGAAGACGAAGUGUUACUGAUUGGCAAAGAAUUUGACGAGCAGUACCACUGGCAUUCUCUCAGGCCACUAUCUGAUGAUUACGACAGGACAAAGCAGUCUUUUACAGAUAAGCCUCCGACUGAUCCCAAAGAGAGAAAGUGGUAUUUCAAACAGAAGAUGAAGUACGUUCGCUACCAAAGAUUUUACGGAAACUCUAUUGUUGGUGGUGUGGACAAAGCGAAAAUUAUAACCGUCAAGGAAGAGGUCGCAAAGAAGAAAAAAGGAAAGAACAAGGAUGGAAAGAUGGGAGAAAAAGCGAAACGAAUCAUCGAACAGAACGAUAAAAAACGCAAAGACGAAGAAAGAAAAAAAGAUCAAGAAAAAUGGAACAACUUUCUUAAAGACAUUGACAACAAUCUGAAGAAGGAUAAAUUCAGCACUGUUUUGCAGUUAGUCGAUAAGUAUCUUGAAGAUUGCAAAACUCCCGAACUUCAUCUUCAAGCGCUGAUGAAAAAGGCCCAAAGUUGCCUUGGAGCCUGGCAGCAGACAAGAGCUGCUGACGCUGAAUCUAAUGACAUGAAAUAUCCUGUCCUGUUACUAAAGAGUGUUCAGAAAAUGGCUGAAGACUUCCACAGCCUUCUUACCGUCAAAGAAAAAAAGAAAUUGGCUGGAUUUAUGCGGAAGCUAGGAUUCGAUGACAUCGCAGCCACGCUUUACGAUCUACCGGAAGAAAGUGAAAGAAAAGCUCAACAGCUAUCGGUCCACACCACAAGCACAAGAUUCCAACUUGACUGCAUGGGCCAUUUACUCAAGCGGGAAACAAGAACUGAUCGUGACUCAAGGGUCGACCACUUCAUUCCAGAUACAUGGCAGCGUGAACUUCUUGAUGCUGUGGACAAGAACGAGUCAGCGGUAAUAGUGGCACCCACCUCGUCGGGAAAGACUUUUGCCUCAUACUACUGCAUGGAGAAAGUGCUGACUCAAGACAAUGAUGGUGUGGUGGUCUAUGUUUCCCCAACAAAGGCCUUAGUGAAUCAAGUUGCUGCUACAGUUUACGCUCGCUUUCAUCGUAAACAGCUUCCAGAGGGAAGGGCGGUGUAUGGUGUUUUCACGAGGGAUUAUCGAUUCAACACGUUGAACUCUCAGAUCCUUGUUACAGUUCCUCAAUGUUUGGAGAUACUUUUUCUCUCGCCUCGUAGACAGGAUUGGACAAAAAAUGUUAGAUAUGUAAUCUUCGAUGAGGUUCACUGUCUUGGUCAAGAGAUAGGAGCUGAAGUCUGGGAGCAUCUUCUUCUUCUCAUUCGCUGUCCCUUUCUGGCGCUCUCGGCAACCAUUGGAAAUCCAGAUGACCUUACAAGGUGGUUGCAAGCCGCUCAAAACUUUCGAGAGCAGCAAGACAAACAAGAAAAUUGCCCGAUGAGGAAGUCCUACAGAAUCAGACUAGUUACCUUUCAUGAACGAUACUCAGAUCUGGAAAAAAAUGUAUACCUUCCGAGUCCUAGCAAUGGUGGAUUUUCUGAAGAGUCCAUGGAAUACGAAGGUGUUUACGAUGUCAAAGCUACAAGAGAGUUUGUGAGACUUCACCCUUGUGCUCAGCUUGGAGCAAAACAGCUACAAGAGAAUUCCUUCCCAAGGGAUAUGGAUUUCACCCCUCAAGAAUCUCUACAACUUUUUGACGUCAUGGCUAAGCACUGGCCAAACAAAGAAUCCUUGCAGAAACUUUCCCCCGAGAGGUACUUCGAGAAAAAUAAGUUCAUUGACAAGAGCUGCGCACGACGGUACGAGAAGGACCUGAAGAGAGAAUUCAAGUCUUGGGCCGAUGAAAAACAUCUUGAGAAGGUUCAAGCCGUUAUACAGUCGCUGAAUUCAGUUUUGCUGGAGAAACAGGCCUCGACUGAAGAGGAAUGGACACAGCUUGGAAUGGCUUCGUUGGGAAAACUUUUCAUUUGGAGCAAUUUCCCAAAGCUCGUGGAACAGCUUAAGGCUCAAGGAAAACUGCCUGCUCUUGUUUUCAGCUUUGACCGCAUUUUUUGCGAAGAGUUGGCAUUUGGUCUCGCUCAGCACUUUCGAAAACGAGAGAAGCUUAUUAAAGGCCAGAAUAACUGGAAAGACUUGAAACUUGCCAUAAAGAGGGUACGAAAGGCGGAAAAGAAAUUUAAAAGGCUGAGAGAUGGAGAGGCAGAGAGUACAAAAGAAGAAAGAUUGUGCAGGCAAGUAGGACAACAGUAUGAAAAAGACUUUUCAGUCUUAACUGGUCCUAUACCAGAGUGUACAUUAGCCUUUACACACGAAAUUGGAAACGAGGAUUUACAGAAGAUCAUGGGUCGCAUUUGGUCUGUGCAUGGUUUCUCACAAUUAAAGAAUGCUUUAAGACGAGGAAUCAGUUACCAUCACGCUGGACUGAAAAACAGAAUUCGCUGCUGCGUGGAGAUGCUAUUUAGAGAGAAGUAUCUUCAGGUCGUUACAGCAACAGGAACCUUGGCCCUUGGUAUUCAUAUGCCUUGUAAAACGGUCGUAUUUGCUGGAGAUUCACCCUUUUUAAACUCCUUACAGUACAGACAGAUGUCUGGCAGGGCAGGUCGCCGAGGUUUUGACCCUGUGGGAAAUGUAGUGUUUUUUGGAGUUCCUUUCCGUAAAAUUCAACGUCUUAUCACAGCCAAUGUUCCAAAGAUUGUUGGGAACUUCCCCAUUAACCACAAGAUUUGUCAGCCGGGAAAGAAUGGAAAAUUCUCAGACGACGUGUUGAGAAAGAUGGUGCUCGUUCUAAGCCACUUGUUCGGCAGACGAUACCUUCACCCUUCAUACAAACGAGCGGUCCAUUUGUGCCCGACGUCAAAAGUAAUUUUGGAGGAUCUUCCAGAUGAAUUUGCUACGGCUCUAAGAGAGUACAACCGCCAAGUCACAGAUGUCUUUAGUCAGUACCUCACUACGGUGGCUGCAGACCUCGAAAAGGAAAGAGGAGAGGAGAACAAACUCCCUUUAUCGGGCAUAGAAUUUCCAAAGCAAGCAAGCGUUGGUGACGAUGAAAAGUACGAUGUUAUCGAAGGGCUCGUGUCCUCAUCCAUACCGUACUCCGCCUGCUCUUCCUUCGCUGCAUUGUCGGGAAAUUCAGACAUACAAUUGCAUUCUUCAAGCGAGACCGCAGCCAGUUAUCCAAAAUCACACGAAAGAAAUGUCGACGUCGCCAAAGAGAACGCAGCAGUUGAGCUUUAUGAAGAAGAUAUAGAAGAAGAACCAAUUGAUCAUCUGCUUGAGAUUGUUCGACGAGAUGUUUACACCGACAUCCAUGUUGUUCCCAUCCUCCGGCUGAAAAAAUGCAACUCAGUCGGAAGUGCUAUGCCCUUGAAUGCUUAUGCUCUGGAUUUUUUCAAGCACGGGUCUGCCAAAGUCAUUGAGAAAGAAAACGGAAUCAAGGCCGGAGAAGUUUUUCAAGUGUUAAAGGAUUUUGUCCUAACCAUGAAGUCAAUCAGUACUUCUCUGGAAGAGCUGGGUCCCGAGGGGGAUAACGUGGUGGUAGCUUUCAAACAGCUCGCCGAGGAGUAUGGAAACAAGUUCAGAAAGCAGUUUGAUGCGGACAUUUGAAAUAGUCCUCCCCGUAGUUGAUUAAAUGUCCUUAGAGGAAAUCAGUAAGUCAACGAAAGAAAGGAUUUGCCGAUUGCUAACCGAUUUAAAGUUAUAAUUUUUGAGGAAAACCAUAGGUGAUCAAUGCGGAAAACUCUUGUUUUCUAAAGAAAGAGUUAACAAUAAAUUUGCAAAGGUAA